AUGGUUGGGCUUAUAAAUGGGCGGAAAUAUGAAUGUCGUAAAGGGAACAGAUACAGCCAAGUGCCGGGGCGUACAGUCGUCAGGCUGGACAAUGGGCACAAAGUUUUGUGUGACACCGAGACUGACGGUGGGGGAUGGAUUGUGAUACAGAGAAGAAUGAAUGGCAAAGUAGAUUUUCUGAGAACGUGGGACGAAUAUAAAAAUGGCUUCGGUGACUUUUCUGGUGAUUUUUGGGUUGGUAACAACAUCAUACAUCUGUUAACCGUCCAGGGCUACAGAGUGUUACGAUUUGACUUAAAGUACAGGGGUACAAGCUACUUUGCCGAAUACAGAAACUUUUACGUCAAAAGCGAGGACUACAAAUACAAGAUUAACUUCUCGGGCUACAGAGGGACUGCACCGGAUCAUUUUUACCAACACGAGAACCAGUGGUUCUCCACCAUAGAUAGAGACAACGAUAACUCCUACAACGAUUGUGCCAAUAAGCGGAAGUCAGGCUGGUGGUAUAACGAUUGCCAGUGGGUCAAUGUCAAUGGUUUAUGGAGAAGUCAAGGUGAAUACACUGGAAUCUACUGGCACGACAUAACGGGACCGCACGAAUCUUUAGACUAUGUUGAGAUGAAAGUUCGCCGAGAAUGA